GUCGCAUCGGCGUCCUGGGACAAGACGGUGCGGCUGUGGAACGCAGUAAUGCACGAUGGGCGGGUCACCGCAGUGGCCUUCGCGCCGGACGGGCAGGUCGUCGCAUCGGCGUCUGAUGACAAGACGGUGCGGCUAUGGAAUGCGAUGACGGGCGCGGCGAUACAGCUCUUCAAGACUUCGAGAAUCACUACACGGCUUUCAUUAAGCGCAGACGGGACAUGCUUGCGUUCGGAUUAUACAACUUUCAAGCUUGCGGAGGGUGUUCUAAGCCUGGCACAAGACGUAGUUACCGAGACGGCAUCGUGAGCAGUGGACCAAGCAUCGAUCUGAAGGGCUCCUCUGGCUCCCGCACGGUUAUCGAGGGAUCACUUCAGCUCUGCGAGACCGAACGCUUGUAGUAGGACAAGCGUCAGGCGCAGUGUCAUUCUUCAAACUCAGAUAGAUGAUGCACUAUAGUCGUGAUAACAUUGUCUGCGGCAGCUGUCGGUAGUAAGAGACAGGCAACAUGUGGGCAUAUGUAAAACGAAACGGA